GGGUGCUCGAUGCUGUUGGUAAAGAGAAGCAGGAAGAUACUUCCACGUUGCAAGCGAUGAGGUUCUGGCUGAAUGUGUUCAACGUGCCCGUUUAUGGCAGCACGGUUCAUCCGGAUUCCUUGCAGCAGUUUUUCAGACACACCCUGACCGAGGUUCUCACCUACAACCCGCUGUGGAAAGUGUCUGAUGCUGUCCACAUGCAGAAAGAGUGGAGCUUUACGAGAACAUGUUUGCUGCUCACCACCUUGUAUCGCAAACUGUUGGUGGCAUUGAAUGCAAAGGAGUUGGUCUGCCAGCUGCAGCAGGUCCUGGAGACACAUGAAGUGAACUGGCAGCACGUUCUGUCCUGCGUCUCCACGCUGGUGAUCUGUCAGCCUGAGGCAGAGCAGCUGUUCAAAGAUCUCCUGAGCCAUCUCCUGAUAAAGGCCUUUGAGAAUUAUGAUAUGGAAAACAUGAUCACUGCGUUCCUGAUAGCUCGUCAGGCUGCUCUGGAGGGCCCCGCUGUCUUCAUGCCGUAUGCUGAAUGGUUUAAGGCAUCCUUUGGGAGCACUGGUGGUCACCACGGGAGCAGUAAGAAAGCUCUGGUCUUCCUCUUCGAGUUCCUGUCAGAGCUGGUGCCCUUUGAAGCGGCGCAGUACUUGAAGGUCCAUAUAAUGUACCCGCCUUUUGUGCCCACAAAACAUCGGUCUAUUCUCUUGGAGUACAUCACUCUGGCUAAAACCAGACUGGCCGACCUCAAGGUUGCCAUAGAAGAUAUGGGGCUCUACGAAGACUUGUCUUCCACAGACGACUCUGUGCAGCCCCAGGGCCAGGCGCUCCGGGACGUUGAAAAGGCCCUUCAGAUAUUUGAAAACACAAGGAAGAUCCCAACAUCUGUGAUAGAAGCCAGUAUUUUCAGGCGACCUUAUUACACUUCCUGGUUCCUUCCAGCUUUGCUCAGGCCACGUGUGCUCCCUAAAACCCCGGAUGUGCGCAUGGCUUUUAUAGAUUCCUUAAAGAGAGCUGAUAAAAUACCUCCCAACUUGUACUCCACAUAUGUGCAAGGCUGUCGUGCUAUGAAAGAGAAAACGUUGCAAGAUGAAUCCAAAGUAGACACCGGCCAUUCCAAAGAGCCUGUUGAGCAGCUGAAGGCUGCACUGGCUGAGCUGAGGGUGCUGAUUGUGGACCAGGCUAAAUACGAAGAUGUGCCAGCACAGAUUGCAGUGAUUUCAGACAGACUCGCGAGCAUCUUGGGUCACAGCAGUGAGGAUGAAGCUGCAGCUUUGAGUGCUCCAAUCCAUGUUGACAUUUCUGCCCCCAGGCUGGAGCUCGGCCAUCAGAGUGUUGUUGAUCUUCUGCUGACAUCAUUCUGCCAAAACCUAAUAGCUGCUUCCUCUUUCAACCCUCCUGACAGGCAGGGGCCAUGUCUCUCCUUGUUUGUGAAGAUGAUGUGUGGACACAGGAAUCUCUUACCUGCGCUCCUGGGCAGGCUCUGCCAGCUUAUUUAUCAUCAAGGUCCUUCCCUGAACGAUGCUCAUAUUUUAGGAUUGGCAGCUUUUGUGAUCCACUUAAGCGAAUCCAGAGCUUUAAUUCCUGAAGUGGAAGCCAAUUUUGGGACUUCUCGGCCUGUUCCUGAAAAGGUCCUUUCCAUUUCCGAGUACUGGGACCGCUUGCUAGCGUGCAGGACAGAGGAGUCCUUCACCUUCUGCGUGAGGUUUUGCACUGCGGCAGCAUCUUAUCUCAUGUGCAAGUUUUCAUCCUAUUCUAAUGAAGAUCUGUGUGCCUUGCUUCCUCCCAGCCUUCUUAAAAAGCUGCAGUACAUUGUGCCACGGCUGUGCUUGGAAGCUCGGGGAGCUCUGUGUGAGGAGGGCAAAGCUCACCUGGUCUGGAGUUCCCUGUCCUGCCCUUCUCUGAACUACAAAAGAGCCAGCCUCUGUCUAUGGAAACAAGCGCGCUUUCAAGAGCUGCUGAAGGAAAAAGCAUUCCAGUUGUCUUUCAGGGAGUGGCUGCUGCUGGAGCUGGCAGUGUACCCUGAGAAGGAUAUUCUCCCUGCUUCAGAGAGGCAGGAUUUCCACUAUUGGGCUAUCUAUCAGUGGUAUCUUCCAGCUCCUGCUGCUUCUGGUGGCUGUGACGGAGACCUGGAGAAGGCGUGUGCCAUUACCAUCACCACCAUUCUGGAUUUCUCACAAAGGUUGGACCUGGGUAGCUGUGGCCAGUCAAAGAUGUCAGUCAACCCUGAUAUCCUCUGCAAGCUGCAGGAGAUGGUGCUGGAGCUGAGGUGUAGGAGAAAGUUGCCUUCCAGCUGCUUGGAUGCCCAGAGCCAUUUCCUGUUUGAGAUUCUCCAGAAAAGACUGAAAGACAGAAAAGAAGUCUCUGCUUUGGGUGAGCAGUUGUGGAGGCAGCAGGAGCUACUGCUGCACAGAAGAAUUCUGGUUGGGCUCCCUGCAUCUGCUCUGAUCAUGUUGUGUCGAAAAGGAAGGAGAAUAAUCUUGGACUGUGAAGACUUCUUUUGCUUUGUAAACUCAGAGCUGAAGAAUGUCUGUUCCCGAGGGUACGCCCUGUCCUACGACCUCACCGCUCACUUUUUCAGGGGCCUGCUCAAUGCCAGCUUGGACUGUGAAGAAGCAGCGGAAGGGGUCAACGCCGUUCUAACAGCGUGUCAAACCAAGUGUCCCAUUCUGCUUCUCUCUGCAGCGCUCUGGUGGCCGAGGUUGGAGCCGGUACUUUACUCGCAGUGGAAGAGGCUCUUUGGGUCCCCACUUCCAGAAGAACUGGAAAGGCUGCGGGAAUGGCAGCGCACAGCCACCAGCUUCCUUUCUUCAGGAGUGGUUUUCCCUCUCUCUGGCCCUCCUUGGCUUUCGGCUGCCUUCCUCCACUGCACCGUUCAGCAGCAGUCACCACGUGGAGGAGAGAGGAUUGUGCUGCAGAGGCUGGGGACUGACACAGAGCAGCUUCUUGUUUCGCUGCUGUUCUUCUCGCUCAUGGAUCUCGUCUCGGCAAAAAUAGCACCAAAGGAAGGAGUGGAUUUCCGGACGUCUCUGCAGUGGUCCCUGGAGAUCUUGCAGUGCCUGGAAGAGAGGGGUGCGUCCUGGCCACUUCUCUUCCAUUCGGGAGAGAAAGGUGAGUGAAAAUACCACAUCCUGCGCAGCGCAGCCUCGGACCGGCACACCCGGCUCUUGCCCAUUGCGUUCUACAGCCUCACCCCUCGUUUCCACCAAGAGCUGCUCACCAGGGAGCACUCCUUCCUCUGCGUGGCGCUCGAUUUGUACAUCCAGCUGCUCCGGCUCUUUGUGGAGGGGAAGGAUCUGCCGCAGUUGGGGCAAAGCCCAGAACACCCAGAGCACGGGGAUCCCUUGGAGUUGAUCUCCACGGCGCGGCGGUUCCUGCUUGGAGCGAUCCCGCGCUGCCCUGCCCAAAGCUUUGGAAACAUAGACCCGCUCCUGCCCCCAUGUGAGGAACUCGACCCGGAGCUGGGAGCGACCCUGCGGCACCGCUCGAGGCCGGCGGUGGCCAUGGAGCUGGAUGAAGAGCUGGUCCUGUUCUGA